CGGAUGUGCAUUUCCUCACUGUGGCUAACUGACGGCGGUGUCAGUCAGUCGAUCGAUGGUGCCGCUGCUGAGCAGAAAAAGGGACGUAAAGAUUUGUAAAUUGGCACCAAGAGGAGAAUUAAUUCUUCAGUGAAGCAUAAACUCUCGAGGGGAAUACAAUUGUUACAGGCCCUACACAUUGAGUGUAACUUAGGGCAGCAGCGAUGUCGGGCUCCUACGAUGACUCCAUGAUUGAUGUCUCCAGCGACAGCUUCUGGGAGGUUGGUAACUACAAGCGUACAGUGAAACGGGUAGAUGAUGGCAAUCGGCUCUGUAACGAUCUCAUGAACUGUCUUCAUGAGCGGGCGCGGAUUGAGAAGUCGUACGCACAGCAACUCACAGAAUGGGGCAAGCGCUGGCGGCAGCUCAUAGAGAAAGGUCCUCAGUAUGGUACAUUGGAGCGGGCUUGGUCUGCUCUGUGCACAGAGGCAGAGAAGGUGAGCGAGCUCCACAUGGAGGUGAAAGCAUCGCUGAUGGGUGAAGACUAUGAGAAGCUAAAGAACUGGCAAAGAGACUCCUACCACAAACAGAUGAUCGGCGGCUUUAAAGAGACUAAAGAGGCUGAGGAUGGCUUCCGCAAGGCUCAGAAACCCUGGGCUAAGAAACUCAAAGAGGUGGAGACGAUGAAGAAAACUUAUCAUUCUGCCUGCAAAGAGGAGAAGCUGGCUGCCAGCAGGGAGACCAACAGCAAACUAGAGAACAACAACCCUGAUGCCCAGAAGAAGCUCCAGGAAAAGGUGGAGAAGUGUCAGCAGGAGGUGCAGAAGACUAAGGAACGCUAUGAGAAGUCCCUUGAAGAGCUCGACAAGCUGACUCCUCAGUACAUGGAGAACAUGGAGCAGGUGUUUGAGCAGUGGCAGCAGUUUGAAGACAAACGCAUCUGCUUUUUCAAAGAGCUGCUGCUGGAGGUUAAACAGCACAUGGACCUCUCAACCAAUCACAGAUUCCAGACAAUCUACCACACGCUGGAGGACACAAUCUCUGCUACUGAUGCUGAAGAGGACCUGAAAUGGUUCCGGUCCAAUCAUGGCCCCGGCAUGCCAAUGAACUGGCCACAGUUUGAGAAUUUGGACUGGUCCCAGCCUCGCUCCUUUAAGAGAAGGUCCAUUGUAGACUGGUCAAUAGAUCUGAACCGAACCCUCAGCAGACGAGAAAAGAAGAAGCCAUCGGAGGGCGUCACGCUGACAGGCAUCAGUCAAACUGGGUCAGACCAGCCUGUCCAGCCUGCCAAGACCAGCAGCAGCUUGACUGUGCCCACUAAAACAGCGCCAGUGGGCUCAAACCCCUUUGAGGAUGACGAAGAUGAGGAAGAGGACAUGGCCGUGGAGCAGCAGACCACAGUCAACCACAUCAGUGUGAAUAAAGACGAAAUAAAAACCGCAAGCAGCACGGAGAAGACUCCAGACUGGUCAGAUGAAGACACAGGUGGAAACCCGUUCUCCGCCAAUGGUGAUGGGAAUCCGUUUGAGGACGAGCCGGCUACUCCGGUCGUAUCUGUUCCUGUCAGAGCCCUGUACGACUAUGAAGGGCAGGAGCAGGAUGAGCUGAGCUUCAAAGCAGGUGACGAAUUUACUAAAAUCGGAGAGGAAGAUGAUCAGGGUUGGUGCAAAGGCCGGCUCAAGGGCGGACAAACAGGCCUCUAUCCUGCUAACUAUGUGGAAGACAUCCAGUAAUGAAUUACCACAGAUGAAAUAAAUGUGAAGAAAGAAGAAAGUGCUUUGUAGAGAAAUGGCAGUGCGGCUGGAAAAAAAAUUUUCUCCCCGUUGGUGAAGACUGGACUGAGGUGGGGGGAUGGACGGAGAGGAGAGGUUACAGAUCAUUUAAGGACCACUUGAGAUAUCGUUGCUUUGACCCUCAUAGAAACUAAGUACAAAGGUGGAGAUUAACCACAAGUUUCCAGAUGAUUCCAAGCGAGGAAGAUCACAGAGAGAAAUUGCUGUCAGUGUAAAAUAUGUUACUUAGAAUCCCAUUUAUGCUGUUACAAAAUAAUAGGUAUCCAAGUAUAUAUAUUAGACAAGACUCAUUGAACUUUAUGUGUGAAUUUAUAUAUUGUUUAAACAGAGAAACACUGGGAUGACAGUCUGACAAAUUGUCUCGCAAUGUUAGCCAUGCAGCCUUAAUAUGCAAAGCCACUAUGGAUACAUUAAGGGAGAUUACCCUUUUUACAACCAUAAUUAACCAUCUCUGCCUGUUAGAGUUCAGUCCAAAAAUGUUUAAUAAACGUUUCAUCUUCUGGACAAAAAAAAGCCCUUAUAUUGAGAUUAUUGUCUCAGAUUUAACUUGAUUUUAAACUUGCUUACAUUGUUCUGUCAUUCCUUUCAGGGUGUUGUUUUUCCAUUCAGUUCUUAAACUGUUGUGGGUAUUUUAUAAGGAAUGAUAAAGACCAUUAGAGCCUUAUCCUGACGUAGUCUUCAUUUAGCUCACAGUGGGUAGGUUUCGUCUAGUCACUGCAAAUGAAUGUAUAUUCACUGAUUGUAUUUCUUCACCUAUUGAUUGUUCACUUUUGCUGAUGUUGGGUUUCUGCAACCACUGACCCAUUUAACACCUUGAACAACUGUCCUCAAGCCUUUCACACAAAUGUCUCUCCUUUCUGUUGCAGACUAUAGUGAUACAUGGGUUUUUUUCUUGCAACACUGAAAGAUUUUCCUCACUUGAAUUUCCCGUGUUCUAGUUCUCUCAUUUCCUGUUAAAUAUAAAAUUAUGGGAGAAUAUUUUAGUGUUUUGUUUUUUGGAAAUAUAUUACAAGUCAUAGCAAUAAAAUCACAGCCAAGUCUGGUAUUGCAUACAUGCAUGUAAAUAGCCUGGAUUAAACAUAUUAGAACAAAUUUAAGCAUCAAGAUCAGAUGAUGUGUCUUUAGAAAGUGAUGAUUGUUAAUUUAUGAUGCCACAAGUGCUUUUGUUCUACUCUUGUUAGGAUGCUGUGACUGAGAAUCAGUUUGUACAUUAAUUGAAUGUUUAAUGAAAAACUAUCCCUUGAAUCUGUUAUUUUGUUAUAUUUGUAAAUAUGAUUAUUUUCCCCUUCAUAGAGGGCCAUACUCAUUGAGCUAAUCAACAAAUACCAUGGGAAUAAUUGUUGAUUUUCUCUUAGGAGCUAUGACAUGAAUGGAUAAAACUAAUUUCAUAAUCUAAACACAUGUUUUGAUCAUCAAAUAUUUUGUCGGCUUGCAUUUUUGCAGAGCUGACCUGCAGGCUUUUCUAAAUUCAUUAACUGCCUAAUGUAUUGAUGAAAUCACUGAAAAAUGCUAUUUUAAUGCCUUCAACUGCAGCACAAGAGGAGGAUGAUUCUUGUCUUUAAUAAAGUGAGAAAGGAGAUGUUCUGCCAUGUUUUCAGGGCAUGCUGUUGUUAGAAUACAGCAACAGCUGUACUUGCACAGUAAGGUUUGUAAAUGUUGUCCCACAACAUAAUAAAUGAAUUUAUUGGAAAAUA